CGCAAGCUGCUCGUAUGCCGGUAAUUCCGGUGGCAAUUCCGGUAACUGUUGCUCAGCUAACAAUGUACUUAAUCGUUGGUGGAUAUAGCUGGCAUCAAUGUGUUAAUGGCGAAUGGAUAUUUGAGGAAAGUCGUGCAUUACUUUUUAAUCAUGAAAAUGAUCUAUCUUGCUAUCCUCUUUCACCAUGUGCCGCAACAUUUAAAAAUACUGCUGUGCAAGAUGCUCCAAAUGUCACUUCACUUGGUAUUAGAUCAAUUAUUUCAGACUACGAUACCUCACAAUUGUUUGCAACUGCAAUUGGUGCCAUUCCGAAACCUGAUUUAAGAGAUAUUCCUCUCGGAAUUGAAAAGACUAGUAAUAAUUCAGGAACUGGGGCGUUUUCUGACAUUACUUAUAUUGUUCGUCCUAAAACUAAAGGUGGAAAUGCACCGACAAUACCAU